AUGGCCGCCAAAACAGCCGGCCUUGCCCAGCUAGCAGCUGUGUUGUCAGACCGCCUCAUCAGGUCCUUUACUGCUCAGGCAUAUGCCAGCCGGAGACAUAGCCUCAGAGCGGUUUGCUGGCAUACGAAGACAACCAAGCGCGGUCAGCCAUUCGCAGUUCGUCUCCACGGCAUCUCCGGCCGGGACCCGGCGGGCCUUUGGGUGCUGCCCUUCCUCAGAGCCGUCCAGACGGUAUGGGAGCGUACUGAGGAGAUCUACUGCACGCACAAUUUGCCCCGACUUCAUACUGCCCACCCUGCACAACCUGCGGGGUUUCCCAAGCAAGCCAGCGGCCGCCUACCACCAGCCUAUGUCGUACAGCCAAGCGCUAGGGGCAACUCCCCGGAGCUGCUCACACCAGAAGAAGCCUCCGCCUUCACCUUGCACAGCCUCAAGGUUUGCCUGCUCAGCGCCGGUGCACAGAUUCAGGCCGCCGAUAAAAUACGCCAACAACAAGGCCACCACAAAAACCCUAGCCCUAGCGUACAGCUUUACGGGAGAGACGAUACUCUCGGAGCCUUAGCCCUUCAAACCGAAAUCACCCAAGCAUGUGCCUUAGGUUGGAGGCCCUCGCGCCCAAUUGCCAGGGGAGGACAGCACCCGACAGUGGAGCCGCCUUUUUCAGUUAGCUCGUCCUCACCACCCAAAUCCUUCCAGCUCUCUGCCCUCGGAAAGGGCCUCGACAGAUUUAUCUACUCACGCGAAGCCGAACUGGAGCAGGUCACCUUCGACACCCAACCAGCCACAGCGAACAGGGCCGAUACUCAGCUUCAGCUGGUACCGAGCACUGCUCCAUCCGAGCAUGAGCCACCCGAAGCCAGCAGCCUUCCUCCGACCAUACCCGCAGACGACAUCGAAGCCUUGCUAGUGGAGAGCUUUGCGGUCACACAAGCCGAUUCAUCCGACUCGGAGGAGCAUGCCACCCAGCCUACAUUGGAGGACAUAGCUCUCUUCCAGAAUGGACCAUGGGGAUCAGGGCUCGAGACAGUUGAGGACCUGGCAUUUGCCUACCCGGACCUCAAUAGCUUUGACACCUUUUUGCAGAGCGGCCCGAGCCAGGAAAGCCUUGCGCUCAGCGCACAAAGCACAGGAGGGACCUCAGCCUUCAUCUGCGAUACCAUCCCUCCCAGCAGCCUUAGCCCCUACGGCCUCACCAUCCUCCUGGCCAAGGGCAAAGUGCGCUACAAAGAAAUCUCUGAUGAGGCCGAGGUCAGGGCUGAGGGCCCCUUCUUGGAGACCAGCAAGAUCAUCGAGAGCCGGCUCCAUUCCCGAAUUCUCAGCCUGGCGGACAAAGCGGCUGAGCUUGCCGACGGUAAUGGGCCAAAGUUGUUUGUUCCUCGAAGCCUCCUGGCACGGACUGUAUCCAUCCUGCGCCUUCUUCUUCUGCUAAGCUUCUGCAUCCGAGUCUGGCGCAAUGGAAUCAAAGACUCCUGUUGCAUCCUACGCGUAGCAUGGCUGGAAGAUCUUCGUCUGGUCGUUGAGAAGAUCUGCAAAGGCUGUCCGAAUGAGUUCGAGUUGGUCGUCUUCAGGGAUGGCGUGAUGAUCUGGCUUGCUGUGAGGUGUGCAAAGACUCGUUUGGUGUGCUGGAGUUGGAAGCUGGCGGGUGUGCUAGAACGGUCAACAGAUGUCCGGACUGCCUUCAUGCUCUCAGCGGGCAUUAUGCCGAAGGAGGACGGGGAAGCUGGUGCUGAUGCAAGGUGCUCGGACAACAGGAACCGCGUGACACUGGGAGCUCGAGUCCAGCUAGGCGGCGGCGAGCAGACGGAGCCGAGCACAUUUCGAGUCGGGAGUUACUGCAGCGGCUCUGCCUACCUCGAUGGCACGCGUCGGUGCGCCCAGGGCAACACGAAGGGCACGGGUAAAAUCGGCGAUGCCGUCACCCAGAUCGCAAGUCAGCACAAGGCUAAGGAAGCUCGGCCUAAAGCGUCUGGCGGUUUCACGGGUGGCUGCCACAUAAUGGACAGCGACGGUGUCGAGAGGAAGCUCCAGCAAGGUGGUGUCAACUGCCAGCUAAGCCCCAUGGCAAAGAGGCAAGCCGUUGCACACGAUCUCUAUCCGGAUAUCCUCCGCUGCCAUUCUCUCGAAUUCCAGGGCAGCACCGUGCUCCUCGUGGCACGCGCCUACAACGAGCGCCGCAGUUUGCUGAUGCUGAACUGCUGCACUCGGCUGGCGAUUCAGAACCGUCACUUGGUCGGCCAUUGGCGAUUCUGCACUGGGGAGGCGGUCAGGCUUCGACACUGCUACGUCGUUCGCUGUACGACGUUGUUGUUCGAUGAUGCCGGGGAGGUCACAGCCAUCCAAUGCGAAUGCGACUUUGACAGCUUGGCAGUCACGGGCGGUGAGAACAAAUCCAAUGGACCCGGGCCAAACAUCGUGUCAUGGGUGGCUGCCUCGUGCGACCUACACGUGCAGGCGGCCUUGCACCCCGGUCCUGCCGAUUUGGUCGCUGCGCAUGGACAUGCCGUUGGGCCCAUACUAUGUGAACCAUGGUUGGCAGCGCUGUGGCCUGAACUGGUGCAUCACCGUGGCCUUCCCACGCAGGAUGGGUAUCACGGCACCGGUGCAGACUCGCCGACCGACUCGUCUAAGCAAUCCAAGUUUGGAGGUGUGGUCCAGCUUGAGCGGCUUGGUGAGUUUCGUAUUUGCCAAAUUGGUGGUUCCUUCGCGUUGCAGUGUGUAAAGACCUGGGUGCCCAAAACACCACCCAAGCCGGGAAAAAGACAGCGGGUGCCGACGGCCGUCCACGAGGCCACGGCGUUGGCAUCAGCCGCACGCAAACAAGCCAUGAAGGAUGCAGCCUCCUACUUCUCACUUGAGGAGCCGCUAUUACUCAUGUGUGCUUGUGAUCGCUGGGAGCGAGUGCUGGCACUGGACCUUCGUGAAGCUUGGUGCGACGCAGCUCAAUUGGAAGAGGUCGGCCAGGGCUUGUUCCGCUUGCGCGUCAAGGAUGCCGCUCUGUCCCGAGCUCAUCCAGCGAGGAGCAAAUCCAACAGUCCCGAGCCCCCUCUACUGCGCGAGGGCACAUUCAAGACGGACAACGUGUGGCACGUGGCCGGGUUAAGGCGAUGCUUGCGGUUGCUUACUACUCCGGGCUCUCAGAAUGAUCUGGUGGCCGAAGCUGGUAAAAUGAAACUCGAUUUCCCUAGUGGCUGGAGCUUGGAACAUGAGGGUCCGUAUCAGCCACGCUACGAGUCCUUGGCUCCAUACGCACAGUCCUGCGGCUUCAUGUCCGCCCAGCUAGGAAGAGCAAUUGCGGGGCCCUUGCGUGAAACAGGUUGUCCGGAGGACGCGGCUGACACUGCGCGCGUGGUCACGGUGCAGAUCGUGGGAAGGGAAGAUUUGUUUCUGUUGGCCCAGGAUGAUUUGGGUUUCGAUGCGUUCUCGCCCACGGAGUUCGGCACGAGCUGGAGGGCUCGGCCCUUCCCGGACUACAGCGCCGCGCUGGAGCCCUUGGCGGCCCUGGCAAUGCUCGGCCUCGGCUUGCGGCUGCACCAGCGCCUUUGGUCCGAAGCGCCCAGGGCCUUCUUGGACGCCACCUGCGGCACGGGGACCCUGGCGGCUGCGGCGAAGUACUGCCAGAAAGACUGGCCGAUCUUCGCCGGGGACGUGAACCCGACGCUGGCGAGGCGGGCGCGCAUCAACCUCGAGGCCGCCUUCCCUAAGCAGACCUUUGAGCUUACGGAGCCUUCGGAGAAGCCCGUCCCAGGCAUCGGGGUUAGGGAGUGGGAUGCCACGGAGCCGUGGCCCAUACCCGCAACUGCUGCAGUCAGCAGCACGGGCAGGGGGCUCUUGGUCGCUUCGAACCUUCCUUGGGGCAAGAACUUGAAGUGCCAAGUGGAGGCUGCUACGCUGAUCACCAGGUGCCUGGCCCGAUCCUUUCCGGACGCGACGCUCUGCCUCGUGGCGCCGGAGGAGGUCGCUCGCAACUGCGACGGGUGGUUCCGCACCGUGUUUACGGAGCCGGUUGGCAAGAAAGCUGCUCUUAUGCUUGGCCAUGGCAUCUGCGAGCCCUCAUGA